GUUAAAUCGUCACUUCCGCACAGCUGACCCGGAGGCAAUUGCUGUAACGUGUAGCGGCCGCUUGAAAGCACAGAACAGAUCCAGACAUGUCGGACGAUGAGGGCGCUCCUGUGGUGAAGAGGUCUCGUAUUUUCUAUGGCAGCCUGGCGGAUAAAGAGAAGGAACGGAUCACCAGGGGGGAGUUUUCAUUGGGGAGAACGGCGGUAAAGGCCGGGAUCGAGGCCGGGAACAUCAACAUCGGAGGAGGGGAGUCCUUCGACCUAGAGGAGCACAUCAGUGAGAGGCAGGCGGAGGUCCUCGCCGAGUUCGAGCGUAGGAAGCGAGCGCGACAGAUCAAUGUGUCCACUGACGACUCGGAGGUGAAGGCCUGUCUGAGGGCCCUCGGGGAGCCUAUCACUCUUUUUGGAGAGGGGCCCGCGGAGCGGAGAGAGAGGCUGCGAAAUGUCCUCUCCGUGGUCGGCACAGACGCCCUGAAGAAGACGAAGAAGGAAGAUGAGAAAGCCAAGGCAUCGCGUGAAGAGUAUCAGCACACCUGGUAUCAUGAGGGGCCCAACUUGCUGAAAACCGCACGACUGUGGAUAGCGCGAUAUUCUUUACCACGUGCCGCACAGCGACUGGAAAACGCGCGAGAAUACAGGCACAUCCCAGAAUCCAUCAGAACAUCUCAGAAACAAGAUCUGAACAAUGAUCUGCGAUCCGUGAACAAUUUCUGCAGUCAGAUCGGAGACGAUCGCCCUCUGUCCUUCUGUCACUUUAGUCCCAACUGCAAACUCUUGGCGACGGCGUGCUGGAGCGGACUCUGCAAACUUUGGUCAAUUCCAGACUGUCAGCCCAUACGGACUUUAAGAGGGCACAACACAAACGUAGGCGCCAUAGUCUUUCAUCCCAAGUCCACGGUGUCGCUGGAUGAGAAGGACGUAAAUCUGGCGUCCUGCGCCGCGGACGGGUCUGUCAAACUGUGGAACCUGGAGAGUGAUGAACCAGUUGCAGAUAUUGAAGGACAUACUGUGAGGGUGGCGAGAGUGACGUGGCAUCCAUCUGGGCGUUUUCUGGGCACCACAUGCUAUGACAAAUCCUGGCGCUUGUGGGACCUGGAGGCGCAGGAGGAAAUUCUGCAUCAGGAGGGUCACAGUAAAGGAGUAUAUGACCUCGCCUUCCACAGCGACGGCUCCCUCGCUGGUACCGGAGGUCUGGACGCCUUUGGGCGAGUGUGGGAUUUGCGGACUGGUCGCUGCAUUAUGUUCCUGGAAGGUCACCUCAAGGAAAUCUACAGCGUCAACUUCUCCCCUAAUGGGUUUCACAUUGCUACGGGCAGUGGGGACAACACCUGUAAAGUGUGGGACCUCAGGCAGCGCCGCUGCAUCUACACCAUCCCAGCGCACCAGAACCUGAUCAGCGCAGUCAAGUUCCAGCCCACAAACGGACACUACCUGCUGACCGGAGCAUACGACAACACGGCCAAGAUAUGGACGCACCCGCUGUGGUCUCCUCUGAAGACGCUCGCCGGUCACGAGGGGAAAGUGAUGGGCGUGGACAUUUCCUCCGAUGGAGAACUAAUCGCCACCUGCUCCUACGACAGAACUUUUAAGCUUUGGAUGACAGAAUGAACAUUGGGCACAGAAGUCGCGCGAUCUCUCCGGCUGUUGUGAAACGAGCGAGCCCAGGACAGGCUGGUAGUUGUAGUGCUGCAAAGGCUGGAGCCUUACAUAGGAGAGCAUCUUUUUUUAAAUUUUUUUAUUUUUAUUACGCUUAACCCCCUAGUGACCAGCCUGUUUUCGGCCUGUCUUCCUUUUUUAAUCGUCGCCUUCCAAGAGCUAUAACUUUUCAAUUGUUAUGUCUAUGUAGCCGUAUGCGGGACAAGCUGUAGUUUUUAAUUGCGCCAUU